GGCCCUUGGCUGGCUUUCCCGCGCGUUCCUACACCGGCUUACGGUAGAAGGCGCAGGCCGAACCAUGUCGGAGAUUCUGUGCCAGUGGCUCAACCAGGAGGUGAAGGUGUCCCAGACCGUGAGUCCCAAGUCAUUUGCAAAGGCUUUUUCCAAUGGUUAUCUAAUUGGAGAAAUUCUGUACAAGUUUGAACUUCAGGGUGAUUUUUCGGAAUUUUCAGCAAGCAGAGUUUCAAAUGCCAAACUUAAUAAUUUUUCUCGCUUGGAGCCAACGCUUCACCUUCUGGGUGUGCAGUUUGAUCAGAACGUGGCCCACAACAUCAUCACGGAAAAGCCUGGGGCAGCAACCAAACUUUUGUAUCAAUUGUACAUUGUUCUUCAGAAAAAGAAGAAAAGUGGACUGACUGGAGUGGAAAUACAAUCCAUACAACCCCCGGCAAACAUCAGACAGCAAAGUAUGAAAAGUGAGGCUUUUCGAGACAGACUUAGAAACCUGAUACCACGUCAAACUGAUUUCAAUCUGAUGCGGGUUACACACAGGUUUCAAGAAAAAUAUAAACACAUGAAAGAAGAUCUUGUCCACAUGCAUUUUGAGAAACUUGAAAAAUUUCAAAAGCUCAAGGAAGAACAAAGAUCUUUUAAUAUUGAAAAGCAACGCUUGAACAGAAGACGACAAAAUGAAAUAAUGGCCAAAAUCCAAGCAGCUAUCAUACAGAUUCCUAAACCUGCAUCAAAUCGUACUUUGAGAGCACUUGAGGCCCAAAAAAUGAUGAAAAAGAAAAAAGAGGCAGAGGAUGUGGCUAAUGAGAUUAAGAAGUUUGAAGCCUUAAUAAAAAAGGAUCUCCAGGCCAAAGAAAGUGCCUCCAAGACUUCUGCAGAUACAGCAGGCCAGACAACUACUGAUUUGUUAAACACUUAUUCGGAUGAUGACUAUAUUAAAAAAAUCCAAAAGCGCCUUGAGGAAGAUGCUUUUGCAAGAGAGCAAAGGGAGAAAAGACGGCGGAGACUGUUAAUGGACCAGUUAAUAGCCCACGAAGCACAAGAGGAGGCCUAUCGGGAGGAGCAGCUGAUUAAUAGACUGAUGCGGCAGUCCCAGCAGGAACGCAGGAUCGCUGUGCAGCUCAUGCAUGUUCGACAUGAAAAGGAAGUUUUAUGGCAAAACAGAAUUUUCCGAGAAAAACAGUAUGAAGAAAGACGACUUAAAGAUUUCCAGGAUGCUCUUGAUCGAGAAGCGGCUUUGGCCAGACAAGCCAAGAUUGAUUUUGAGGAACAAGCCAUCAGAGAGAGGGAAAUUCAUGAACAGAUUGCUGUGGAAAGAGCUCAGGCUCGUUACAGAAAGCAUUACACAAUAUGUGCAGUAAUUUUGGAUCAAAUACUUGAUUUGUCUACUAAGGUGGCAGACUACCGGAUGUUGACAAAUAAUAUGAUUCCAUAUAAGUUGAUGCAUGAUUGGAAGGAACUGUUUUUUAAUGGAAAGCCCAUAUAUGAGCAAGCUUCUAUUAAGCAUCUACCAGCUAAGCCCUCUGCAGAACAACUUACAGAACUGGAGAAGAGGGACUUACUCGAUAACAAUGAUUAUGAAGAAUAUAAGAACAUGAUUGGAGAAUGGGCCUUACCAGAAGAAAUGGUUGAUAAUAUGCCACCCUCCAACAACAACAUAUUGGGUCAUGUGAUUCAGAGAUUAGUUGAAAAAUCUCAUCCUCCUCAAGUCAAAUCAACAGUACCAGAAUUACCUUCAUUUGCUAUUAAAGGGUGCUUACUGGGGAAAACAUUUAGUGGAAAAACCACUGCUCUAAAGGCUCUACAAAAAGACUUUCCUAUUCAGAUACUUUCUAUCGACACUCUUGUCCAAGAAGCUAUCAAAGCAUUUCAUGACAAGGAAAAAAUUAGUGAGGCUCUGCCAACUGAGAAAGAAGCUGAAGAAAAGACUUUACCAGUUCUGCAAGAGAAGAGCAAAGAAAUCCAGGAUCUACAGAAUAUAUCUUUACCUUAUCCAGUUUCAGAGAACGCAUUGCCAGAAAUGGAAAAUAAAACUAUACUUAGUACUGAGACAAAUAAAACUACAAAAGUUGAAGAAGUCACAUCAAGUGAUAGUUUCUCUGAACUGACUGUGCGUGCUCAGCUUGGUGCAAAAUCAGAAAAGUUGCUGAAGAAAGGAAAGAGCAUUUCUGACAUGUUGCUAGUUAACAUCUUGGUAAAUGCUAUUAAUGAGAUACCUGUGGAUCAAGGAUGGGUCUUAGAUGGUUUUCCAAUGACGUUAAACCAAGCAAAGCUUCUGGAGGAAGCUCUCACGGGCUGCAACAGAGAGGUCCUAGAACUGGAGGAAAAGAAAGCACAGAUAUCUACAUUGGCUAUUGACCCUACAGCCUCCAAAGAAGUGCCUUCUCCCCCUUCUGCACUUGAUUUUGUCAUGUUAUUAGAUAUUUCAGAUAAUUCCUCGCUGGAUCGCAUGAAUGACACAAUGACUGAAGGAUUUUCAAGUGAAACUUCUCAUGGAGACAUCACUCAACAUGUCACUGCUGAAAACCAAGCUAUGGAUGAGGACCAGAAUUUAAGAGACCAGAUUCAGCAUAGGAUUAUAGGCUUCUUGGACAACUGGCCUUUAUUAGAGCAAUGGUUUACAGAGCCAGAAAAUAUUUUGAUAAAAAUCAAUGCUGAAGUAGAUAAAGAGUCUUUAUGUCACAAAGUAAAAGAAAUGUUUACGACUGAAAUAACAAAAAAAGAGAAUAAAGUUAAAAAGAAAUUAGAAGAAAAGGAAGCUGAAAAAAAAGAAGAAGUUCCGCUGGCUGAGCCUCCCCCUCCUCCUCCUGAGCCAGAAAAAGAGAAGGAAACCCCUUCAAAAACUCCUCCUGCGAAAGGAAAACCACCAUCAGAGUCCUUGCAUGGUAAGCAAGAAUCUCUUCAGGAAGGAAAAGGGAAGAAAGGUUCUCCUAAAGGAAAAUCACCAGGAGGGAAAGGAUCAGUAAAGAAAUCACCUGCUGAUUCUACAGACGUGUCACCUGUUCCCAUAGUGCCACCACUACCUAAGCCAGGAUCCGAAGAAUGGGUCUACGUGGAUGAACCGAUUCCUGAGGAAAUACCUUCCUUUUUAGUACCUUACUGGGAACUAAUAGAAAAUUCCUAUAUAAACUCCAUCAAAAUGGUACUCAGGCAUCUGAGAGAAGAACAGCAUUCUGUGAUUUCUUACUUAUAUGAAAUUAGAACAAAUUUCCAGCAUUUUCUAUGGCGUCCAGAUCACAAACAAGAUUUUGUAUCUCAAUGGCAGGCUGAUUUCAACGCUCUCCCUGAUGACCUGUGGGAUGAUGAGGAAACAAAGUCUGAACUACACCAGAGAGUAAAUGAUUUACGAGACCGCCUGUGGGACAUCUGUGAUGCCCGGAAAGAAGAGGCCGAGCAGGAACGUCAGGAUAUCAUUAACGAGAGCUGGCUGCAGGACUCCAUCAUAAUAAAGAUGAACCAUUUCUUCUCACUAAUGCAGGCAGAACUGAACCGUUUCCAAGAUACAAAGAGACUCCUUCAAGAUUAUUACAGGGGAAUGGAAGGCAAAAUCCCAAUUGACGACAUUAAAAGAUUUACUCGAGUUCCAUUGGUCCAACUAGAUAAUAGAGAAAUUUUGGAAAGCCAACUUAGAAUUCCUCUAAUUUCUCGAAUAUCCAUAUCCCCGGAUUCAACUAUAUCCAAACCAAAAACAAAGGCCAUACUGAAGGGCAAGAUCGAUUACUCGCUGGAAAAUGUUGAGGCAAACUUUGAGGCAGAUGAGAAGUUGUUAAUGGACACCUGGCAGCAGGCUUCUUUAGCAAUAUCUCACAUGGUGGCUGCUGAAAUUCAUCAGAGGCUCAUGGAAGAAGAAAAGGAAAACCUGCCAGCAGACACAAAAGAAAAAUCUCCUCAGAUGGGUACAAAUAAAAAAGUCAAAAAGGAACCACCCAAGAAGAAAAAGGCAGACAAAAAAGCAAAAGGCAAAUCACCACCGAUGGCAGAAGUCACGCCUGUGACGGUGACAGCAGAGGAGAUUGCCCAAAUGGAAAAGAGAAAAGAACUGAUGCUCAAAAUCAAGGAAGAACACCUCGCUGCCCUGCAAUUUGAAGAGAUAGCCACACAGUUCCGGCUUGAACUGAUAAAGACCAAAGCAUUGGCUUUCCUUGAAGAUUUAGUAACAAAGGUGGUCGAUGUAUAUAAACUCUUGGAAAAGUGGCUUGGUGAGAGGUACUUGAAUGAAAUGGCCAGUGUGGAAAAAUUAACUGAGGUGGCUCGCUAUCACAUUGAAACAUCUAAAAAAAUUCAGAAUGAACUUUAUUUAAGCCAAGAAGAUUUCUUCAUUAAUGGCGAUGUGAAAGUCUUUCCAGACCCUCCUCCCCCAGUGCGCCCCCCACCUGUGGAAAAGGAAGAAAAUGGCACCCUGACCAUCGAACAGCUUGAUAGUGUUCGAGAUCAGUUCUUAGAUAUUGCACCUAAAGGCAGGGAUCCUCCAGAUGAUGUGAACCAAGUCCCUAGAAAGCAGAAAAGGCUGCAGAAGCUUGACCAUUACCUUCCAAGGAGGAAUGAUCAAUUUUUGAAAAUCUGGCUAAAAAAAUACCCUUGGCUUAUAUAUGAUGAGAUACUAAAUCUUAUGUUCUGUGGCCUGUGCCGUAAGCAUGGAGUGAAGUCAAGGGGAAAUCAAGUGAGUUUUUCCUAUGGCACUGACAACUUUAGGACAGAAUUUCUCAAUGCACAUCAUCUCAGUGAGGCUCAUGCCAAAGCUUCACUAAUGGAAGCAACAAGUGUUUCUCCAGUGAACCGUGCCACCACAGAGCUCAUGGUGACAACCAUGAGCAAAGUCACCCUUUGGAGAGUAGAGAACUUGUUCAGAUCAUGCCACGCUAUUGCCAAGAUGGGACGUCCCCUCAAAGACUUCAUCUGGAUGUGCAAGUUGGAUGAUAUGAAGGGGGUUGAUAUCGGCCCGGCAUUCAGAACUAACAAAUCAGCAAGAACCUUUACAUAUUUUAUCGCUGAAGUGGAACGGAGAAAUCUAAGAGAUAAACUAGAACAAAGUAAAUUCUUCUCUGUCCUCAGUGAUGGAAUCACAGACAGUUCAACUGAGGAAACUGAACUUGUCUAUGUGCAGUUUGCACAUGCAGGAAAAGUGCAUUACCAAAUUGUUGGGGUACAGACAGUAGAAAAGAAGGAUCCUUUGGCAAUAAGAAAUGCCAUUGAGAAAAUUCUAGAGAGAAAUCUUCAACUUAAGUUAUCGAACCAAGACUGGGCAAAGAAAUUGGUUGGUUUUGGAAGUGAUGGCGCCCCUGACUCAGAGGGAGAAAACAAUGGGGUGGCCCUGCUUUUGAGAGAAAUCCAGCCAUGUGCGCUGACUGUGUACUGCUUUGCACAUCAUCUCGAACUAUCUUACGAGGCAGUGUUCCAGAGAAUUCCCCUAUACAAUGAUGUCAGAAACCUUCUUCACAGCAUUUACCACUUCUACCACAGUUCCCCUCUUCUCAGGAAUUCUCUGAUGACCGCUUUCAAAAGCCUUCACCUUCAACCUGUGAUGCCUUCUCAAGUAGGGGGCAGGAGGUGGCUUCAAGAAUUACAGGCAGCCCUCCAAAACUUUCUCAAGGGAUAUCCUGCAAUAGUCCAGCAACUGCAUUUGGCAAAUGAAGACAGAAGUGAUACCAGUUAUCAGAAAGCCAAGGAACUCCUACACUUCCUUCUCCAAGCAGACAUUGUUAAAUUCAUCCAUUUCUUAGUGGAUGUCAUUAAUAUACUUAGCAUUUUUUCCCGUGUCAAUCAGAACAGAAAUUCUUCCAUUGCUGACAUAUUUGCCACAUUAGAAUCAACACUGGAAAUGCUCAGAAUAUAUCAAACAAGACCAGGACCAAAAGAACGUUGGGUAGAUUCAGUCAGACACUUUCAUGGUAACUGCCUGGGAGGAAAGGGAGACAUUUCUGAUGUAAGAAGCACAGUCUUAACACAUCUUAUCAAGAGGCUGCAAGGCUGCUUCAGAGAUGCCAGCCAGGAUGUGGUGAAAGCUACCAUGAUUGGGAGCUUUAAACUGUGGCCUGCAAAGAUAAAUCGAGAAUUUGGAGAAAAAGAGGUAUCCAUCCUGAUUGCCCAUUAUGAACCAGUACUGGAAGCUGCCAAUGUGGAAAUUGAUGAAGUGGACACUGAAUGGAGCAUGUUGAAAUUAGAGAUAUAUGCUAGAUUUCAGAACAUCCACAAGUUGACCUGGGAUUAUGUGAAUUCAGUUUAUUUACACAAGUAUCCAAAUAUCCUGACAUUAGUGGACCUAGUGCUGACCCUCCCUGCAAGUUCCGCAGAGGCAGUACGUGGCUUUAGUCAGAUGAAACUCGCCAAGACACAAAUGAAUGCCAAGAUCAAGGCUGAAAGCAUAAUAGGACAUAAGGCAUUUACUGACAUCCUGCUGGAUCUGGUAACCCUGAACCUUGGAACAAACAACUUACCUAGUAGUUGGAUGCACCUCACUCAACCUGAAUUGCAGGAGUUAACAUCUUCAUUAAUAGUAAACUCAGAGUUUGUGGACUGGCGGAAAUUCCUAUUAGUAAUCUCAAUGCCCUGGAUCAUCCCCAUGGAAGAAGAGCUCCUCGAGACCCUGCAGAGGUUCAAAGCCGUGGAUGAAGAGCAGUUGGGCACCAUCACUUUCGAGCAGUAUAUGCAGGCUGGUCUGUGGUUUACUAGAGAUGAAGAUACAAAAAUUCCAGAAAAUCCUCUUGAACCCCUGCCAUUCAACAGGCAAGAACACCUUAUAGAGUUUUUCUUUAGGCUAUUUGCUGACCAUGAGAAGGAUCCACCUCAACUUGACUACACACAGAUGCUGCUUUAUUUUGCUUGUCAUCCAGAUGCUGUGGAAGGGGUCUACAGGGCUCUCAGUGUGGCCAUCGGGACUCAUGUCUUCCAACCAAUCAAAACUCCUCCUGUUAUUGUAGAAAAGACCUCCUCCUUGACUGAUAUGAGUCCAGUUGAGGAAUAUCCUGAACUCGAGGGAAAUUUUGUGAGUGAGGAAGGGGAACUAAGAGAAGAUGGGGAGAGAAAGGAAGAAAACCCUGAGAACGCGAACACCGAAAAGAUUUCCAUGGAAAGACUACUCAAAGUGUUCCAAGGAGGAAAAGAAGUACAGGAUCCUAACCGAUUUGCCAGCCACCUACAGAUAGAGAAUGCUUACUCAGAGAACUUCGUCAAAGUAUUUCAAGACCUAGGUGCCAAGAAUCUGGAGCCAGUUGAAGUUGCUGUUCUUUUGAAGCAUCCUUUUAUUGAAGAUCUGAUUUCAAAUUAUUCAGACUACAAAAUCCCAGAUAUUAAAACAAUUCUCCAAAGGAGUGAGCAUGUACAAGGAAGUGAUGGAGAGCGAUCUCCUUCGAGACUUACAGAGGAAAAGAAAUGAAGACAAGAGUGUGAUUU